AUGGCAUCGAAAGCACUCUCGCGGGCGUUCCCAAGUGCUCUCAAGGAGGUCAGGCUCCACCUCUGCCAGACCGGCGCCGCCUCUGCCGGAGCGAGGCAAUUUGUUCAGUCUUCGUAUGCUCCCAUCAAGCAGUCGAACCCGGAACUGCCCUUUUUGAUCCGCGAGGCUUCCGGCACGCCUGCAAGGAUCUUUGCUAGGUUCGAGCGAGGGGUGGAGCGGCACGCCGAGCUCGACGGUCUGUCGGCUCAGGACGUCGAAAAGAAGGUGGCAGAUCUCAUCGGGGGAGCAAACUAG